AAAAAAAAAAAACCUGGACGCGUUUCUAAUCGGCCUGGGCGUUUUUUUCUCAAUAUUACGCGACUCUCCUGUGCGUUUCGCCGGUCGUGGCGACCCGUUCACGGAUAAUUGGUGAAUUUCGAAAAAUCGUGUCCUCCGAUCUCCGCCUAUCCUAUAUGAAAUGUUUGCACAAACUAAGAAUGCCUUGGCUAAGGAAGAAACCUAAAAGAGGUGGCUCCAGAUUGGAAAAAUCGAAGAACAAGUCUACCCUUGUUCAAGCUUCCACAAAUAAUGUUCUAUCCGUUAAAAACAAGAACAAAUUAAGUAAAAAACAGUUUAAAAAGUUGGAAAAGAUGAUUCAAAAAGAGAACAUUGGAAAUUUGGUGCCGGAGGAGAGCAAAGAAAACUGCUGGGAUAUGGAGAACCAUAGGUUGCACCAUAUUCACAGCAGUGAUGGUUAUGAACCAUUGACCGGUUCUGAAGAGGAAGAGAUGAUAAGAGGCCUUUCCGAAGAGUUGGCAGUUUACGCACCUGUUGUUGACGUCAAUUUGGGCCCUGAGGAAGUCCUAGGCGAUGGUGUUUACGAGGAUUUGUCACCUGUCGAAGGCCACCAUGAAACUGACGAAUAUCUCGGAUAUUGUGACUAUGAAAACCAGACAAUAUGCCAUCCAGUACAAGAGGAAUGGGCGUUUGAUCCGUAUCUUUUCAUUAAACAUUUGCCCCCGUUAACAUCAGAAAUGCGUGCACGGUGUCCAGCACUGCCUUUAAAAACGAGAUCUUCCCCGGAAUUCUCAUUAGUCCUGGAUCUGGAUGAGACUUUGGUCCACUGUUCACUCCAGCACCUUGAAGAUGCCUCAUUUUCAUUUCCAGUAUUAUUUCAGGAUUCUUCUUAUACCGUAUUUGUGAGGACAAGACCAUUUUUUAAGGAGUUCCUAGAGAGGGUUUCGUCACUUUUUGAGGUGAUACUUUUUACUGCUUCAAAGCGAGUUUACGCGGACAAACUGCUCAACCUGAUCGACCCGACCAGAAGGCUAAUCAAAUAUCGGCUAUUCAGAGAGCACUGCGUCUGUGUAAAUGGGAACUACAUUAAAGACCUUUCCAUACUUGGCCGUGACCUCUCGAAAACAAUCAUUGUUGACAAUUCACCUCAGGCAUUUGGUUACCAGUUGGAAAACGGAAUCCCUAUUGAGAGUUGGUUUGUAGAUAGAUCUGAUUCUGAGCUGAUGAAGCUUCUCCCCUUCCUGGAAGAUCUUGUAUAUAUGAAUGAAGACGUACGACCACACAUAAGAGACAAGUUUCGUCUUUUUACCUUCAUACCACCUGAUUAAGAAGGUCCAUCUCAAGUACAUACAAAUUGUUUCCUUAUUACUUAAUCUCUAACAAAAAAAAUUUUUUUUUACUAUAAAUUAUACCAUGUUUUAAAUGAAUAAAAAAAA